AUGUCCUCAACAACAACAACCAUCACCAACCCCUCCCCCUACGAAGACAUCCAACUCCCACCCUGGCCCUCCUCACGACCCCCCUCCUCAACAAGAACAAGAGCAGUAGCAGAAGAAGAAGCCUCCAACCUCCACCCCAUCCAAAAUGCCCUCCCACCAACCGACGAGGGCUACCACGCCUGGCUCGCCCUCUUCGGCGCAUUCCUCUCCAACGGCCUAAUCUGGGGCUUCGCUCUCUCCUUCGGCAUCAUGCAAGAGUACUACACCUCCCACGAACCGUUCACCUCCCAAGGCGGCAUCGCGGCCAUUGGAACGACCUGCACGGGAUUGAUGUACCUCACCAUGCCGGUGUAUCUGUGGAUUUUCCAGCGCUGGCCGAGAUGGAGACAGUAUGCUCUCUACGCUAGUCUGCCCAUCGUAGCCGCGAGUUUGAUUGGCGCAAGCUUUACGGAUAAAGUCUCCGGGUUAGUGGUUACGCAGGGGGUGCUGUAUGCGAUUGGAGGGAAUGCGUUGGUUAUGCCGAGUAUUAAUUAUAUCAAUGAGUGGUUUGUGAGGAGGAGGGGGCUGGCGUUGGGGAUUGCGAUUGCGGGCGAUGGGACGGGGGGUGUGAUUAUGCCGUUGAUUCUGCAGGGGUUGUUGUCGAAGGUUGGGUUGAGAUGGACCCUCCGCAUCGUCGCCGCGAUGAUCGUCGUCCCGGCUGCUCCGUUACCCUUCAUCCUCAAGCCUCGCCUCCCGGUUUCAUCAACCCAUGUAGCGCCGCCUGUCGAUGCCUCGUUUCUUCGAUCACCGCUGUUCUGGAUCUUGCAGGUCUUCAACGUCGUCGAGGCACUGGGCUACUUCCUCCCAACCAACUACCUCCCUUCCAUCGCCGAAGCUCUUGGACUCAGCUCGACGCUCGGGUCUCUCACGGUCUUGUUCGUCAACUUCGCCGCGGUGUUCGGUUGUAUCGGCGUGGGAGUUCUGGUCGAUCGAUUCGACGUCACGACUGUUAUGCUCGGAGUCAGUAUCUGCGCAGGUCUCGCUGUAUUCACAGUCCUCGGCUUCACAACAUCAAUCGCGCCGCUUUACGUCUUCAGCGUCGUGUACGGUCUGACUGCAGGCGGAUAUUCGACAAACUGGGCGGGAAUGAUCAAGAUCAUCCAGGGGAAACAUGAUGGUGCUGACGCCAAUUUGAUCUUUGGACUGUUUGCUGCCGGCCGUGGUGUUGGCUCGAUAGUCAGUGGUCCCUUGUCUGAAUCUUUACUGGAAAGCGCGAAAGGGUUCUCAGAGUCAGCAAGUUCAGCGUAUGGCAGUGAGUACGGGAAUAUAAUCGUUUUCGCUGGCACGACGGCCGUGGCGGGUGGGCUUGGCUGGUUUGUGAGAAAGGCCGGUAUCAUGUAG